CUAGUGAUGACAAAGAGAGACAACUCGUUCAACAAUGAGCGGCGUGAGAAGAGUCAGUGUGUUGGUCCUGGCGGCGGCUGUACUGGUGUACCUGUACAAAGCCUACCUACAGACCCCCCUCCCCGUGCUGUAUAACGGCAGGGUCCACCCAGACUUCCAGGAAGUGGCUGACCUCUACAGAGCCAAUUUGGAGAAAGGAGUGGAGGUGGGCUCGUCUUUCGCAGCCUUUUACGAGGGUGAGCCGGUGGUUGACAUCUGGGGAGGGUUCGCCGAUGUGGCUACCAGGCGACCCUGGGCUGAGGAUACCCUGUCUAUCAUCUUCUCCACCACAAAAGGAGUCACCGCUUUGUUGGCUGCGCUCUUUGUUGACAGGGGGUGGUUGGAUUACAGUAAACCGGUCUCACAUUAUUGGCCUGAGUUCGCACAGAACGGUAAAGACAACAUCACUGUGGCGCUAUUACUGAGUCAUCAGGGAGGUCUUUUUAUUACAAAUGGAACUAUACCUAUGGAAUGGAUAGAGGAGAAACCAGAAAAGGUUUAUGAGUUUCUAGAAAAACAAAGGCCGUAUGUACCCCCAGGUAGUGGAUACGCCUACCAUGGUAUUACGUUUGGUCUGUACGUAGAUUCUCUUUUGACAAAGGCGGAUCCAAAACACAGACGGGUGGACCAGAUUUUCAAAGAAGAAAUAGGCGAUAAAUUUGGUAUAGAAAUGUAUCACGGUCUGCCAAAUCAGCUGUUUUACCGCGCCGCGCGGCACGAGACUAACCCCCUGUACGUGACUCUGUGGAACGUGAUAGCUAACCUUGACAUGGAACCCAUCACACUGCUGGGCAGCCUGGCGCUCUCCGGCUCCUUGCUGACCAAGAUGGCUUACUCUGGAACUGAUCAACUCCCGUCGGAAUUAUCGUUCAACACCCCUGAAUACAGCAGGAUCCCCCAGUCCUCCAUGAAUGGUUAUAGCAACGCUAGGAACCUGGCUAAGCUGUACGGGAUCGUAGCUAAUGGCGGGAAAACUAAAGAAGGAGUGCUGCUCUCCCAGAAGGCCAUAGAGACGCUGAAACAGCCCCUGACCAGCGGAGACAGCGUGGACAAAAUCAUCAACCUGACGUUUGGUUACGGUGUUGUGGUGAUGACGGACGAGCGGGGUAACGUUAUUUUCGGACACGAUGGCUCCGGGGGUCAGUCAGCCAUUGCUGACCCCACCCUGAAGACAGGCAUGGCUUACGUCACGGGUCGGUUGAAGAGCAUCAGCGUCAAGGGUGACCGGGAGAACUUCCAGUACCGGGCCGCUUACUACCGGUGUCUGGAACGUCACAUCCGGAACAAACGGAAGUCAAAGACAUAAUCAAAGGCAUACCUAGGGGAACUCCGUAAUAAUCUAUCCACAAUGCCUAAAUCUUAUGGGUUUUUUCCUUGUGAAUUUUUUUUUUGUUUUACUAAAAAUUUUAUUUUUUUUUCUCAGGGAGAUCCUGUUUGUGAGUGGGUUUUUUUUCAUCUCCUAUGGGUUUACCCCUUAUUUUCUGAUAUAUAAGUGAUAUAUUUUACAACAUAAUUAACAUUACUAACAAUCAUCGAUUUCCUUUUUUACUUUCGUACUUAAUGUGUGAAAUAGUAAAUACAUGUAUUUCAGGGAUAUCCUGUUGGCAGAUUUUUUGCAAAUUGUAUGGAUUAGCCCAAUGUUGUCUCAUUAUCUACUUUAUUUACCGGAAACUAGUCUACUUGAAAGUCAAUAAAGAUUAAAAACUUUUGAA